AUGAAACGAAUGAUGAGAGUGAAAUCUGCUGGUAAUCUGACAGAUGCUUGUGAAGAAGAGCGUAUUCUCUGCUAUAAAAAGAACUUGGCACCUGUCCCGGCUGUAGGACACCUAAAUCAAGCGAAGGUUCUGUAUUCGACAUGUAUCCAACCCGCAUCUGCCGUAAAGAAAUCGACCAGGCAUAUUCCACAACAUCCCGAACGUGUUUUAGACGCACCAGAUUUCAAAGACGACUAUUACAUGAAUGUAAUCGACUGGAGCAGCUGUGGUGUGGUUGCUGUCGCGUUAUCAUUCACCCUUUAUUUGUGGAAUGCUGAUACUGGUGAAAUACAAUUAGACGAAAACAACGAGAUGAAUUUAAUAACAGGAGUUAAAUGGUCUUUGGAUGGAAAAUUCCUCGCUGUUGGAUUUAGGGAUGGUUCCUUAAAGGUUGCCAUUAAAGGUGUGCUUUCAUGGCGCGGUGCUGUUGUUUCGGCGGGGUAUCAAUCUGGACAGAUCAUUCACCACGAUGUUCGUGUGUCCCAGCAUAUAACCGGGGUCUGGGAAGGUCACGACCGGGAAGUUGUUGGCUUGCAUUGGUCUCAUAAUCAGACCAAACUAGCAUCCGGUAGUGGGGAUAAUACUGUUCGUGUGUGGGAUGAAAGUCGAUUAGGAACUAACACUUCGGAGAGUUUAUUCGUCCUUGAUGAGCAUGUUGGCUCAGUUCGGGCAGUGCAAUUCUGUAACUUCAAGUCAAGUUUGCUCGCUACUGGUGGAGGAAUGCAAUGCAAAACGAUCAAGCUCUGGAACGUCAACAAUGGAGAAUUAUUGAAAAGCAUACAAACGGGAUCUGUGAAUGGCAUCAUCUUCAACAGGGACUACAAAGAGAUGAUGUCAGCGCACGCUUGUGGUAAACUUAUCAUAUGGAAGCAUCCUAAUUAUGCAGAAAUUGCUAAAUUGUCGGGUGAAUCUGCUUUGCUAGUUUUCUUUUCGGAGUGGUAA